AUGACAGUAUUCGGUUGGUUCGGUGCCGUGAUGUUUACUGUGCUCGGCGUUGCCUUCAACUUACCCAUUGAAAAGUUGCAUGCCGACUUGAUUGCCGGUCUUCUUGUAAACUUUGGGUCUGCGGCAAAUUUCUUCGUCUACUAUUUUAUCAGUGGAAUGUAUCGCAGUGCAUUCGACGACUACCUCUUCAUUGGAUUCCUCAAGAAAAAAGUGAACCUCAAGCGCCUUACCACCAACCAUGGAUGGGCUGAAGCUCGCCGCCGAUUUUGA